UUUCUGUGAGUUGAAGUUAUAUGCCCAUUCGAUUCGAGUUAUAGCUAGCAUAAUGUUUCUUGAUGCUUAUGGCACACCCAAGGAGGUGACACCCGACAAUCUAGACGAAUAUCCGUACGAUCUGCAUGGCGUUAUGUUACUGACAUCGGCCGAUUUUGAGGUGUAUAUUCCUCCACGUUGGCAUGGCACUAUCUAUAGCACCGAGGAGCUGUUGGAUACAUAUCGCAAGCGCUUCAAGCCUGAUUGCACAUUGUUGACCUUUCAUGCUUUUGAACCCUACGAACCAGAGUUAAUCUGCUGUGAGCGUUGUGUGGUCGAGAUAACCGUUCUUCCCGCCGGACAGACUCUGCACAGUGGCACCGAAAUCGUUGUUUUCCUGGUCAAAAUCUAUGAGGUCAAUACGCUGAUCACCAAGGAACUGGGCACCGAACUGAACUUCUUUCCGAACACCCAUCACUAUCAUGUGCGCAUCAUGAGUGAGGGCAUCGAUAUACUCUACUUGGAUGACAAGGUCUAUGGUGUAGACUCUGCAUGUUAUCAGCAGCAGUGUGUUCACAAUCUCUUGAAGAAACUGCAGCCUUUGGGCGUGAAGAGUCUCUCUGGCAAGCCUCUGCCCGAACAUCUUAGCAAGAUAUGCCGCAAAGUGGAUCACAAUGUUGCCAACAAGUAAAGCUCUCUCUAAAUAUGUAUACAUAUAUUUAUACACAUAUAUAUCUACGCCGAGUGGUUGCUUCAAUGAUGAUUUGUACCUGGUAUACCCAAUCUGAUGGAGACGCAUUAGUUGCAGCUGACUGAGCGACCUUCCAACAAUGCUCCCUUGUCAAAUUUGAGUUGUUCCUGUAAACAAGUUCGCUUUGAUUUCUGCAAAACUAAUUAAUAAAGUAUAUUUUACUAUUUCAA